CGCCACUCCCCUAAACAUUUUUUUCCCCAAAUGUUAAACGUUGCUGCUUGCUUCGUUUCUGGGAUCAACACAUCUGAGGGAGACGAGGGAGCAGAGGGUGGGUUAUUCAGAGCGGGUGUUGAAACGCAUUCCCAGCGCAUGAAUAUGCCAGUAAUCCUCACUGAGGUUGAAAAUUCUAGGUGAAUUCAUCAAGACGAGAGUGGUUUUUAGCUUCCCGGAAACAAAAUCGAUUGAUUGUAUUUCGUUGGAUUAUAAAGUUGGAUGCCUAUCGUUAUUUCCAAAAUUGAAUGGCUACUUAUGCCCCAGCGAGAAAGAAAUAUAUCGAUUAUUUAUAAAGCUAACUACAGAUUCGACAUGAUCAAGGUCCUCGGAGCAUUUGAGCUGCAUUGACGAAGGCUGCAUUGGAUCGGAUUCAUUUCCUCAUUUCUCCGUUAAUCGGGCUGUAGCUUCUGCCAAGACACGAGCACUGCUUAAUAAUGGCCGGUCGCCGUGGUUGCAUGAACUCGCUGUGGUCCGGAAGCGAACGGGUUCGGAUCGGAGAGCGUCUAAAAGCGAGUCUGGCUGGUAUAGUAGAGUUAGAGCUCCUUAGGUUCCGACACUGGGAAAUGGUUGAGACGGUGCUGGGGCGAAGAGAGACUGCCGAUACGUCCAUCACACAGCAGCGGGAAAGCAGCGGGUGGAUUUCCGCCGACGGCGCCGCUAGGUCUCGCAGGCAACAGAUUCUGUCUCCCUCCAAGUCUGCACUGCCCUGUCUGAAGGGUCUCGGUGAUGGCUUGGAGUCCCGCUGGUCCACCCUGUCUUGGGACAUCCUGUCGGACCCACUGUCUCCCCCGACCCCUGAACUGUCAGUUGCACCCCAGCUGGACUGUGACUCUAGGCCCAGCUCAGGUUUCUACUCGGUGAGUGGGAGCUCCCUGUCAGACUCCUGCUGCUCCGUUUGCAGUGAAGGGGCACAGGGGACAGCGGGGGGGCCUGCCGGGGUCAGGGGCACCUGGGGACCCUGGGAUUGCCGGCCUCGCUCUGCAGAUCACAGCAUCUCUCAGUGGCAGGAGGGCAGACAGCUGCCAAGCCAGAACACAGUGACAGAGAAGGGAGAGAGGAGACCUGUCUCUACAGGGGACCUCGAAGUCAAUGGCCUCCUGUUCUUGUCUGGCCUUUGCCCUGGCCAGAAUGAGUCACAGCAGGGGUCGUCAUACCCUCUGCCUGAUGAUUCCCUUUACUCCUCACUUCAACUGGACCCCAAAUUCUGCUCCAACUUGGUGUCCCGCAAGACUAAAGAGGUGUACGCCUACCCCAGUCCACUGCAUGCUGUGGCCCUUCAAAGCCCUCUCUUCACUUUGUCUCAGGACCCCCCCCCCCCACUCUCAAACCUGCCCUCCAGCUCAGAAGUAAUCCAGGAUGAUGAGCCCCAAACUGAUGCCCCCAAAACCCAAGAACCCACCCUGACACGACCACCAGCCUCCUCCAGGCCCUCGCAACUGGAUCAGUACAUUUCCAAGCUGGUUCUCCAGUACCAUUCCAGGUCCACCACAGACUCAAGUUCCAGGCAAGGUUCUUGGAAAUGGAGCUCAGGUGCUGUACACGGCUCUAGCCAAUCAUUGACAUCUUUUGACAGCCACAGUACAUCCUCCACUUUGACAGCGAGUAGUGUGACACACCGCCAGUCUCUCUUUGGAAACUCUGGGGGUGUUAGCAUGAGCGGGAUGGGGAAGAGAGGAGGCAACUGCAGGAACUCCAUCAAUCUGGGUAACUUGCCCUCCCUGAAUGGAGAAAAUUUGAAUUUAAGUUUUCACUUGAAUUUGAAGUUGAAUUUAAGUCCAAAUUUGAAUACAAAUACAAGUUUGAACUCCAGCAAUUCGAAGGAAGCGAUGGGGUCAUGUGACUACCAGGACAAUGAUCCCCUAACCCCUACUCCUCGUCCCCCCACCUCUUCUACCUCCCUCUCGAUGUCGUCGGCUUGGAGGGGCAGGAAGAGGAUAUCUACCUGUCCGGUGAAUCACCGUGGAUCACUGGAGAUAAAGGGAACCAGAUUCAGCCCACAGGGCUUUUCGCACUCCCUGGACUGGAGCAGUGUUUCGCAAGAGGAGGCGGCGGAAACCCUGGCCAAAGUUUGUGAGGGGUCUCCUAAAGUUAAUGAGGAUUCAGCCAAGAUUUGUGAGAUAUCACGGGUUUCCGGGCUGCCGCGGUCAGUCGUGGUGGGGCUGCUGGAGGAAGGAGUGGAGUUGGAUGAAGACUGCUUCCAGACCGAGGAGGAGAGGGGCGGGGCUACAUCAGAGGGGGCGCUGGUUCCGAGCCCAUCUUCCCAUUCCCACUCCCACCCACCGGAGUCAGAUCGGUCUGCUUCCCACUCGAAUGUCUCGCUGCAGGCCAGUUCUGUCCAUUGCCCACAGUCAGAACUGGACUCCCAUCUACCCCUGUUCAGCCCCCCAGUGCUCUCAGAAGGCCAGACCACACACAAAAUUCAUUCCUGUGGCCCCACCUACACCAGACAGGGCACGCCCACUACCCAUUUUGACUGUCACCCUUCUGCCCUGGCUCAUCCUAUACCCCACACCCUCUUUCACCUCCAAACCCAACCUCCCCCCAACUCCCUCACCGAUUCCCAUUGCUCUAAGCCUUCACCCGAGUCCACAACCCACUCGGUGUCUCCCCUGCACUCCCAUUCUCCAUUCAAGCUGGCUGCCCUCUCCGUCUUCCACCGCAAUUCCCCCUUCCAGUCUUCCCUCCCACGUUUCCAUGUGCACAGGUCCCCCCUGGAGGGGGACUGGAGGCUGAGGGGUGGGUCCCUGAGGCAGGAGCCAGGAGCAGGAUGGGGGUCAGGAGGCUGUGGGUGGCAGAGGGCAGAGGGCGAGAGGCUGUACCAAGGCAAGCAUGCAUCCCGGGAGCUGGUGAGAGCGUCGACAGUAAGCAGCUUUGCAGAGAAAGAGAACUGCAGCAGGUGGGAGGAUCACAGAGAAGGCAGCUUCAAGGAUGCCCCAAAACGAGGGCCAAGUUUUUGCAAGAGGCUUGAAGGGCUGUUUGGGGGUAAAGAAAAGGACCGGGCCAGUGGCAGUGAGAAAGAUGGAGGGAAGUGGAGCAGUCAGCCAGAAAAAUCCUCCGGCAAAGUGAGAAAGGGAAGGAUGGAGGACGAGGGUGAGAAGGCCAACCCCUCAAAACAGAAGGGGAAAGGUUGGGGCAGCCACCGACCAGGUGUGCUGUUUCGCAGCGAGUCCCAGGGAGUGUUGGACCAUCGGUCGACCAAGCAAGAUGCCAGGGAGCGCCGGCAGCAGUGGGUGUCCUCCCUAGAGAUCACCCGAGCAGGGCUAGGACACAGUUCGCAUGUCCUGAGCCUGGAUGAGGCCCAAGCUUUCGGGGGAGGAGGUGAAGACGAGCGCCUGUCCUCCACAGCCAGCCUCUUCCACCUCUCCCGGUCUCAGAGCCCGGAGGGCAGCUGUCUCUCCCUGUCUCCACUUUCCUCUCCAUCCCUCUCGCCCCCUCCACCCCCGACCCACAUCCACCGCACACGUUCCUUCCGCGACCUAGGGAAAAGGGUCUUCAGCUCUGUCAAGCCUUUCACUUUCAAAACCCAGAGUCUGAGGAAGUGAGCCGAUGUCUCGCGAAGCACAAUCACUUUCAAGAAGCAUUUCAAACAUUGCAUGUCUGUGGUUAUCCACCAAUCAAUUUCCUUCAUUCUCUGCAUUGAAACCAUGCUUAUUAGGCUGUGGUGCAUCUUGUGGCAGCUUGGAGGUUCAGCCAGGUUUCCAGCCAUCUGGCUUGUGUUCCUUUGGCUCGCAUUGCGCCAAUGUUGUAGCCUCUGCAUGCAGUGCUGUGGAUCUGUGGGUGUGCGUGUGCGUGUGCACUGUGUAUCAAUCGAGGUGUGUCCAUGUGCUUUUCUGUUACUGUAUGUACUUUACCUGGUAGAUACAUAUUCAGAAACUAAUCUAUUUGGAGAUAAAGCUAACAAAAGAGGUUCAGAUGAGAAACAAAGAUAUUCAGACCAAGCCAGG